UUAAACUUGAUGUAGAUUUCUAUUUUUUUUGCAACUUAGUAUUAUUUUACUUAGUGGAGCAACUGAACAAUGAGAGAAAGGAGAGGAGUUGACACAUGAGAGCUGUUGGGAAUUUAGACAGAUUUGAUUUGGGGAGGAGGAGAUGCUAUGCACAUGAGAGAGAUAUAUUUUUUUUUUAAUUGAAUGGAAAAGGGUGUUUUUGUCUUUAAAUUGUGUGUCACUUAAACAAAAAUCAUGUGCAAGUUAUGUGUUACAAAUUUCCAUCCAACUUAACAGUAAAACUAACAUUGGGGUGCAAAGUGUAACAAAAGUCAUAGUUUAGGGUGCAAAGCAUGCAAUUGAAUAGUUUAGGGUGCAAAGUGUAAUCUAGGGUAUAGUUUAAGGUGGUAAAGUGUAAUUUCCUCAAAUUUUAAACGAAAAAUUCUUGAGGAGGAUAUCAAAAAAAGAUAAUUCAAUGUUAUCCAAAAGAUAAAAAAAAAAAGAUAAUUCUAGUAUAUGUCUGUAUUAUAAAUGCACAUAUAUAUAAUUUCUCCAAAGGGUAUCCUAAAAAGAAUUCACCCAUGCCCUAAUUUUAAGUACGUUGCAAUAUUUCCUUUCGAACAAAAAACUUUAGCUGAGAAUGGAAAAAAAUAACAAACGGAAGGCUGAUCAGUUGGUGGAAAGUGUCGAAGCAAGGGUUUUGCUCGUAGCCGGAGCUGAGAAUCCUGAUGGAAGUCUCCAUGAUUUGAGUGAAGUGCUUGAAGAUCACAGUUACGAAGUUUUCAAAUGCAAUGGAGUGGACGGAAUUUUACCUCAGGUGAAAAAAAAUAGAAUUGAUAUCAUUCUAACCGAAGGAAACCUGCUUGAUCCCAUGUAUGUAUCUCAGCAUCUUAUACAGAUCUUACGUGAGAUGAAUUUGCCGGUUAUAAUGAUAUCAUCCAAUGAUAACAACAUCAAUAGCCAUUACCAUUGGUUGGUGGGCAAUAUUGUGAGGCCUAUUCUCGAACUGGUGGAGAACCUUUUUUAUGAUAGAAUAAAUAAGUCAGGUGAAGUGAAGCGGCUAAAGGAGGAGAUUAAACAAGUUGAAUUGCCUGAUGAAGAAAAGCGGCUAAAGGAGGAGGUUGAACAUGAUGAAUUGCCUGAUGAAGAAAAGUUGCCUGAAGAAAAGCGGCUAAAGGAGGAGGUUGAACAUGCUGAAUUGCCUGAUAAAGAAAAUAAAAAAAAAUUAGAAAGGGAAAAAGCUGGUGAACAUCACCAACGAAUGGUUUGGACAGGGGAUCGUGAGCGAAUGUUUGUGAAAAUUGUGACUGAGUUGGACAAAAAUGGAAAGGCUACCGGCAAGAAAGUUUGGGAAUUAAUGCAUGCUAAUGGUUUCAAAGAUAUUUCUUUAAAACAAGUCAAUAGUCAUCUUCAGAAACAUCGUGGCAAACUUAAAAAAGUUCAUCCAGUUGGCAAAGAUCAAGUCGAUACAAGCCCAGGGCAGGGUGCAUCUAGGAAUGGAACGGAGGAACAUUCGAGCAAGACUGAUGCACCAAUGAACACAAUUAAUGGAAACCUGAACACCACAAGCCAAAAGCAACACUUGAUCACAGAAUUACUUAACAAUAAUAUUCCAGGAAAUUUUGGAAAUCCUAAUACUUUCUACGAUAGAGAAAAUUUUGAAAAUGGAAAAGGGAAAGAUAUUAUUCAAGAUUGGAACUGCAUGGAUGAUGAUUUUUUUGGGACUUCCUCAACUCAAGUCCUUCAGAGUUCACCAGAGCCUAUUGAAACUACACCACUUACCAUUAAAAGUUAUACCAUGGGUGGAUGCCAGAGUAGUUCAACACCGCUUUAUACUAUGGGUGGAUGCCAGAGUAACUCGUCAAUGACCAUGGAAGGUCAGCCUUCUAAUUUACCUGUCAACGAUAUUCAUGGUCAGGCCUUUGAUAAAAACGUGCCUGACCUUCAAUCAGAAAAGGACCAGAAGGUAUAUACUCCUACCGGUAUCUAUUUUGGAGAUUUUAAUUACGAAGAUAUUGAUCCGCAGCAGCAUUCUAUCAACAUGGAUAUUGAUGCUUUUAAGAUGAACAACAAUGUAUGGGGUUUUUAGAGCUAUUGGUUCCAGAUUGCAUGAACCUGAAUUCUUGACUCAGAUGGUCGUCCCAUGGAAAGCUGCUUGCUUUGAAUAUAUGCAAAUUCUCUUCUUCUUCUCUUGUGGUUCUGGACUGUUGGAUAUCUGAUCUAAACUUCAUCUUUAACUUGUUGCAAUUUAAUUUUUGAUCGAUGCA